AAAUACCGACACCUGCGAAUUUAAUGGACCCAUAAAACCAGCCUGGAUUACGGAUCUCGGAGCAUUUGGUGACACCUUUGAGCCUCUGGAAGCUGCGCAUCCUGCUGAGUUUUAAAUUUGGGGGAAUCCAGAGUGGUCCAGAUGUUAAUCCACACCUAUUCGGCUAUGGACCGCGCAGACGGACUCAGCGGCUCUUCGCCGAGUGGGCGCCUCUCCCAGCUGUCCUCCCUGAACCAGGCCGCCUACUCCUCGGCUCCCCCGCUCUGCCACACUCCGGCCUCCGACUUCCAGCCUCCGUACUUCCCUCCCCCUUACCCACAGUCGUCCCUGCCAUACUCCCAGAGCCAGGACUCUGCCUACUCCCACCUGUCGGACCCCUACCCCUCCAUCAACUCCAUCCAUCAGCACCAGCAGGCGGCAUGGCACUCACAGAGGUCGCGCUCCGAGGAAGGGGGGCUGCUGUCCCAGUCACACCGGGCUCUGAGCCUCGACCCCCGUCGGGAGUAUCCAGCCGUGCCCCGGCUGCUGCACGGUCUCGGGGAAGGGGCUGCGGCGCUCGGGGACGGACCUCUCGGGAUGCACCUGGGACACCACGGCCUGGAGGAUCUUCAGGGAAUGGAGGAAGGAUCAGCCUUGGGCAUCCUCGACCACUCUGUCAUUAAAAAAGUUCCCAUCCCGUCCAAGCUCAACGGCUCGUCCCUGUCGGCGCUGUCCAUUGGGAAGGAGGGCCUGGGGAUGGGCGCCGUGUCCAACCCGGCCGAGGUGUUCUGCUCGGUGCCGGGCCGCCUGUCGCUGCUCAGCUCCACCUCCAAGUACAAGGUGACGGUCGGGGAGGUGCAGCGACGCCUGUCUCCGCCCGAGUGCCUCAACGCCUCCCUGCUGGGCGGAGUCCUGCGCAGGGCGAAGUCAAAGAAUGGUGGCCGCUGUCUGAGAGAGCGUCUGGAGAAGAUUGGCCUCAACCUGCCCGCCGGGCGACGCAAGGCGGCCAACGUCACUCUGCUAACAUCUCUGGUGGAGGGUGAGGCCGUCCAUCUGGCGCGGGACUUCGGUUACGUUUGUGAGACGGAGUUUCCAGCCAGAGCCACCGCUGAGUAUCUGUGCAGGCAGAGCGAACCGGACCAGCUCCCGACACGACGCAGCAUGCUGCUGGCCACCAAGGAGAUCUGUAAGGAGUUCGUGGACCUGAUGUCCCAGGACCGCUCCCCGCUGGGCGGCAGCCGGCCGACCCCCUGCCUGGAGCCCGGCGUCCAGGGCAGCCUCACCCACUUCAGCCUCCUCACCCACGGCUUCGGCACCCCGGCCAUCUGCGCGGCGCUCUCCGCCUUCCAGAGCUACCUGAUGGAGGCCAUCAAGAUGCUGGACAAGGGCGAGGGCGGAGGGAAGAGCCACCACGACAAGGAGAUGAAGCACCGCAAGUAGAGUGGGGGAGGCGAGGGGGAGACUUGGACUGACCCCCCGAGCUUCACCUCUGGGACACAAACUGAGACUUUUAGCUCCCAGAAGCUCCUCCGGCCGGACGGUUUCUGUACUGUAACGUGUGACUGGCAGCGACGCAUGGACCUGCUCUCAUGAUGGCAGCAUCUCUUCAGGACCACCCUCACUUCCUGUUUUUAUUCAACAUGUCACCUGUGCGUGUCUCCGUCACACCUCGUCACGCACACGUCGGACCGAACUCACCUGGAAGCCCCAUAAAGCCAUAUCCGAGACGGCGGCCUGCUCUCGGCUCCUCUGGAACUCUGGGAGACCUUCGCCCGGCGGACGGACGGGCGCGGCUUCCACUCGUAGUUCUUGUUCUGUUCGCGGCGGCGGCGGCGGACGGGGGGUCAUGGGAAACGGAGUUCUCUGCAGGAGGAGCGAGAAGCAGCUAAAGGGUUUCUUUUAUUUUCAGUACUUCGUGUUGGUAACUUAAGAAAAUGACACAAAU